AUGGGCCUUCUUUAUUCUCUUCCCAAACGAUAUCACUAUAAACUACAAGCGGCUACCACUGACCUAUCGGGUGGGCGGGCUUCUCUGGUGGAGAAAGAGGCAGAGCUUCCGGAGGGGAUGAACAGGGAGUUGAUGCCGAAGCACGUUGCGAUGAUAAUGGACGGGAACAGGAGGUGGGCUCGGCAGCGGGGAUUGCGGACAUCAGCCGGGCACGAAGCGGCUGUAAAAUCGUUGAGGAAGAUGGUGAAGCUAUGUCGUCAAUGGGUGAUUCAGGUUGUAACCGUCUUCGCUUUCUCUUCCGAGAAUUGGAUUCGUCCCAAGAUGGAGGUUAGUUUCUUGCUGAGUUUAUUUGAGAGAUCGUUCAAGUCAGAGAUGGAGUGCUAUCUAAGAUAUGGAAUUCGAGUACCAAGGGAUUCAUCACAGCUUCCCACAUCGCUGCAAAAGUUUAUCAACGAAGUCAAGGAGACCUCGAAAAACAACACCCGACUCCAACUCAUCGUUGCAAUCAGCUACAGCGAUAAGUAAGACGUUGUACAAGCACGCCGGGCUAGCCGAGAGAGCAAAAGUGGCCAAAUUCAACUAGCGGACAUCAACGAAAGCUUACAUCGCCGGCCACCGCAUCCGGUGGCCGGAAAAUUUUAUUUUACACCGUUAAAUAGAUCGGGAUGUCCUAAGGACGUUUCCGAUAUUCUUUUUCCUUAA